AUGAUCACUUGCGACUGUCAGCGAAAGAAAGAAGAAGUGAGAUGCAAUACCCGCGCCCAUGUCCCGGAACCUCCCGGGCGACAAACUUCGCUGAAAUGCGACGAUGAAUGUGCCAGGCUGGAGCGAAACCGAAAUCUGGCACGGGCCUUGCAUAUUUCGGAUGACCACGCUGAUGAUCAUGUCCCAUAUUCGACAACCACUUUGAAUAUGUAUCUGCAGGACGUGGCAUGGGCUCAUAAGCAGGAAGAAAUAUUGAGAUUAUUCGCAGCUGAUGAGACGCAAAAGAGAUAUCGAUUCAAACCGAUGAAGAGUCGACAGAGAGCAUUUCUCCACAGUAUCGCCGCCGAUUUUGGGUUUGAUGGAGAAAGUCUGGAUCCCGAACCCCAUCGACAUGUCCUCUUGUUCAAGACGCCUAAAUUCGUGUCGGCUCCCAUGAAGACGUUGGCGCAAGCGGCGAGGAUUAAGCGUUCUCAGUUAAAUGUGUCCGCCCCAAUCCUUUCGACACCCGAACGCCGAGCAGAUGAAGUCAGGCACGACUACAAUGGAUUAUUGUUGACCAAACCCAAGUUUGCCUUGACCGAAGAUGAACUGCGGCCGCUCAUCAAGAAGUCAGCACCCGCUCCAGAGUUUGACAUCAUUUUCCUAUCGAACGACGACGGUGUUGCGCUGCUUCCUUCUACGUCUUGGGAAACUUCUGAACAAUUGACCACGUUGCUCACGAGCCUGCAACCUAUAGUUGCGGGCGAGGUGAUCAAACACCAUCUAGCUGCGUCAGUGGUGCUUUGUCAGUUCGACACAUCUGGAUUCGAGCCUAAAGUCGUUCAACACCCAGGUAAACCGAGCCAUGCGGCGAUCAACGGAUGGUCCCAGGUAGCGGCGAAGAAGGCUGCACCUGCUCAGGCAUCUCAAAUCCAACCCAUGGGGCAGAGACCGGUUUUCACGGUGUUGGGAAGUCGGUUGGCGGAAGCAAAGAAAAAGAAGCAGGAGAAUGAGGAGAAAUUGAAGGUCAUGGCUCAAGAGCAAGAGGUCGUGGAGGAUUGGGAGAAAGAGAUUGAUCAAGAGGAAAGCAAUGAGGCCGAGAGGAGAAGGAGUCUGCUGAGUAUUGAGGGUGAAGGUGCGGAAAAAGAGGAAUGA